GCACGCGUACCAUACCCAGCUAGAGAUAACCAGGAACCAACCAGCGAGGCAGCAAGCAGCCGUAGCCUCCUCAAGCUAUCCCACCGAUCGCCAUGGCGGUUUCCCUCCCCUCCGUCUUCGUCGCCGCCACCUCCCUCCUCGCCGCCAUCGUCUACAUCCGCAGCAACGACACGGCUGGCAGCACCACCACCACGCACCUCCACUUCUUCAUGCACGACGACUACACCGGCCCGCGCCCCACCGCCGCGCGGGUCGUAUCCGGCCGGUCCCUCCUGGCCACGGCGUCGUCCAGCGACGGCGGCGACAUCGACAGCAACGCCACCGCCGCUGGGAGCGCGCUGCUGUCGCGGCUGCUGUCGUCGCCGCGGCAGUUCGGGGACGUGGUGGUGCUGAACAACGCGCUGACGGAGGGGCCGGACGGGGGCAGCGGGCGCGUCGGCACCGCGCAGGGGUUCGCCGUGCGCGUGUCGGAGGGCGGCAUCGUGUCGCACCUGACCAUGCACAUGGUCCUGGAAGCCGGCGAGCACGGGGGCAGCUCGGUGACAGCGAACGGCCGGAUCGACAUGGACGCCAAGGUGCGCGAGUCGGUGGUCAUCGGCGGCACGGGCAAGUUCCGGUUCGCGAGGGGGUACAUGCUCACCAGGAACUACGACUACGACCUCGCCCGCGGCGGCGUCGUCGAGAUCGAUGUCUACGUGCGGCACUAGUGUAGCAGUUAACACCGGCGAACUUUUUCUUGCACAUGGUUAGCUCUGGUUGAUGCUAUGUGUGUGUUGCAUUGGCACGUGUACUGUAUGCGUACGUACAAUGGUCUGGGUACAUGGCCAGCGAUUUUCCAACUUCACGAUAAUUCUGC